CGCCUGGCUUACUUCUCCCCUCCCUCGUUUCACCUCCUCCCUCGCACCCAACGCCUGCGCUCGCCCUUGCUCCCCCACGGCGGCCAGAAUUACGCGCGCCGGCCGGAUGAGCUCCACGGCCGCCGCGGCCGCGGGGGACGUCCUCCCGGCGCUGGCGCCGAUCAGGACCGCGGCGUCGCGGGCGCCGGCGCAGCCCGCCUGCUCCUCGGCGGCCUCGUCGUCCACGGCGCCGGCGCCGGACGCCGAGUCGGCGGCCUUGCCCGCGCCGCGGAAGGUGGAGGCGGGGGGCCAAGACCAGGCGGCGGAGCCCUCGACGCCGACGUCGGAGGCGAGCAGGCUGCGGGCGCCGGGCGCGGAGCCGGCGGCCUCGCCCGCGGCGGGAGGCCAGGGUAAGGCGGCGGCGGAGCCCACGACGCCGACGGCGGAGGGGACCAGGCUGCGGGCGCCGGCCGAGUGCCCGCCGGCGCCGCGGAAGCCCGCGUGGGCGCCGCCGCCCGCCGCCAAGCGCAAGUUCCCGUCGUCCGCGGCGCCGUCGGCGCGCCGGGCCUUCUUCCCCGUCGCGCGCGACCUCACCACCGUGUUCCGCGCCCUGCCGCCCAAGAAGCGGAUCCGGGCGGGCUGACGCCCGGCCGGCCGGCAUGCCGGGGACCGCCGAUCCGCACCGCCGCAUCUCAAUUGGGCCGCCGAUUACGGGCUCCACGGUGCCACGGUCGUCGAUGUACCCGUGUGUCCUUGGAGUUCUUGCACGCCGUGGCUGGCUUUUCUCCUCGCCCUCCUCUUCUUCUUCCGUUCUUGGUUUGCACGGCCAUGGCAUGGUACAAAGCUCUCGUACAAAUAAUGCGUUGGUUUAUUAUUUUUUUCCUCUGUUUUUUUAGGGGGUUGUGUGGAGUAGAAACUGUAGAAUUGGGAUAUUUAUAGAGACGUCGAAUGGGAAAGUGAAGAGUUUGUAAGAGAAUUCCCAAAGAUCUGUUCAUUAUUUAUCAAAAUAUAGUUCAAACCUUAUCAAAAUUGCGAA